CUUGGUUCAUAACACGUGAACUAAAGUGUCGUCACGUGAUCUCCCCGCCAUCACCGUGCGUCCGCGCAAGCGCCCUGCCGCUGCGCCUGAGGUCCGGGUUGAGCGCUGGAGGAGUGUUAAUGUUGAAGGGUCGGGAAGGAAAGAAACGGCGAGAGUGCAGACCGAGAGGCUUCGCCAACACUCGGUGUAGGCCCCCGACCCGGACUGGAAGCUCCCGGUCCCUGGUUUGCAGGUGAAGGGAAAACAGCUGCGGGCCCCGAAGAGGCGACAGGUCCCGGGGUUGCCGUCGCCAUAUUUGUCGGGGGCAAUGUUGUACUGAUUAUGAUGGGUGGCGCCAUCUUUAAAGGGGGCAAGUUGCAGCAGGGUGUAUUUUGACUGGAUAUUGGAAUGAGGAGGAUUUGCACAUAGGAAAGUCGAAUCAAAAACUACAUCAAGAUCUGACAGUGUGGCUCGUCUUCUAUCAGGAAGAGAAAAGGCCUUAAAAAUUCAGGAGCAUUUGCCGUCCGGAGACCCGAGCCAAACGUCCCGUCGGGAUCUGAUUUGCCGAAUGUCUUGGGAUCAUGAACACAGAGGUAACCAGCACUGCUCAAGGCGCAGAGAAACCGUACACGUGUUCCGUAUGUGGACGAGCCUUCAGCCGGUCGUCUGGCCUCUCGAAACAUAAAUGCAGUCGCGAUGGGGAGAAACGAUGGAAAUGUGGGGACUGCGAAGAGGGGUUCAGGUAUCCCUCCCAGCUGGAAACGCAUCGACGGACUCACACAGGGGAGAGGCCGUUCAUGUGUUCCAUCUGCGAUAAGGGAUUUGCUCGGUCCUCUGACCUGCUGAAGCACCAGCGGGUUCACACCGACGAAAGACCUUUCAAUUGCCUGGACUGCAGCAAGUGCUUUAAAUGCUCCGGUGACCUGAUACGCCACCAACGCGUUCACUCCGAAGAGAGACCGUUCCGGUGUUCUCGCUGCGGCUCUGGCUUCAGGCGGUCCUCUCACCUCACCGUGCACCAGCGUGUGCACACCGGGGAAACGUUUGCGUGCUCUGAGUGCGGGAGAGCGUUCACUCGGCCGUCCAACCUGCUGAAGCACCAGCAGUUUCACACGAGGGAGAAGCGGUUCACCUGCCCGGAGUGCGGGAAGGGUUUCCCCGAGUUAUCGAUCCUGCUCCGACACCAGCACGCUCACGUGGGAGAGAAGCUGUUCACCUGCUCGGUGUGUGGGAAGGGAUUUAGACGGUCGUCCAAUCUGUUGACGCACCAGCGGGUUCACACUGGUGAGAAGCCAUUCACCUGCCCGGAGUGUGGCAAAGGGUUUACUGAGUUAGCCACCCUUCAGUCGCACCACCGCGUUCACACUGGGGAGAGGCCAUUCAUCUGCUUUGAAUGUGGCAAGGGAUACACUCGGUCAUCGCACCUGCUGAGACACCACACUGUUCACAGUGGGGAGAAGUUGUACACAUGUUCUGAGUGUGGACGAGGCUUCAACCGAUCAUCUGGCCUUUUGAGACACAAACAAACUCACAGUGGGGAGAAACCACGCAAGUGUGGUGACUGUGGGAAAGGGUUUAGAUGCCCAUCUGAACUGGAAAGGCAUCGGCGUAUUCACACUGGGGAGAGGCCAUUUAUCUGCUCUGAAUGUGGGAAAGGAUUCACCCAGUUGUCCACCCUGCAGGAACACCAGCAGGUUCACUCUGAGGACAGACCUUUCAAAUGUCCGAACUGUGGGAAAUGUUUUAAAAGUUCUGGGGAGUUGAUGACGCAUCAACGUGUUCACAGUGAUGAGAGACCCUUUAGUUGUACGGACUGUGGGAAGUGCUUCAGAAGUUCUGGUGAAUUGAUGUCCCAUCAGCGAGUUCACACUGACGAAAGACCUUUUAAAUGCUCAGACUGCGGGAAGUGCUUUAAAAGUUCUGGGAACCUUAUGGCACAUCAGCGAGUUCACACUGUCGAGCGACCUUUUAAGUGUUCUAACUGCGGCAAAUGCUUUAAGAGUUCCUGGAACCUGAUAGAACAUCAACGCGUUCACACUGACGAGAGACCAUUCAGGUGCUCUCACUGUGGGACAGGGUUCAAGCAUUCAUCGCAACUUACUGUACACCAGCGAAUUCACACCGGGGAGAGGCCGUUCACCUGCUCUGUGUGUGGGAGUGGAUUCACUCAGUCAUCCGACCUUCUGAAACACCAGCGCCUGCACACAGGGGAGCGGCCAUUCAUCUGCUCUGAGUGUGGCAAGGGAUUCAGUCAGUCAUCCCACCUGCUGAAGCACCAGCGAGUUCACAAGCAAUGGUAGUGGCUGGAUCUUGCUAUUGAAGCACACCUCGGACUGAAUUGUAUUCAUUGGGGUCCGUUUCUGGUGGUGUUGGGUAUCAGAGGUGUUAGUAAUCUGAAUAAAGUCAAACCAGCUUUCUUUGAAACA